AUGGGUCGGGGCAAAAUCGAGAUUAAGAAGAUCGAGAACCCGAAUAGCAGACAGGUCACUUUCUCCAAGAGGCGUAUGGGCUUGUUCAAGAAGGCCAAGGAGCUCGCGAUUCUGUGCGAAGCCGACAUCGCCGUCAUCAUCUUCUCCAACACUGGGAAGCUGUUCGAGUUUUCCAGUUCCAGCAUGACAAGAAUUCUCUCGAGAUACAAGAAAUGCUCGGAUGGAAAACAUGCUCCUUUAGCGGAAUCCAAGCCUGAGAUGGUCCAGCAGCCUAACGAGACAGAUGCCCUGAAAGUGGAGAUAGAAAAUCUCAAACUAAAACAGCUGCAAUUGUUGGGUAAAGAUUUAACAGGCAUGGGCUUACAAGAGUUGCAUGCACUCGAACGACAACUAAAUGAAGGGCUGUGGUGCAUAAAGGAACGAAAGGAGAAGGUAUUGAUGCAGCAACUAGAUGAAUGCAGAAUGCAGGAACAAAGAGCGGUGCUGGAAAAUGAGACCUUACGCAGACAGGUUGAUGAGCUUCGAAUCUUUUUUCCUUCAUCAAGUUUCGCUACUCCACUUGGUAUAGAGUACCCUUCAACAGAGCAAACGAGCAACCUUGCCAUCAAAGAAGGCUCUAUAACUAUAAGCCCUGAAAUGGAUUGUGAUGGUGGGCUUGAAGAUGACGUCUCAGACACAACCCUGCACCUCGCGCCGCCAAAUGGGAUUUAUAAUAAGAAAAAUACGUGCGAUGGUGAAACUCGUUCGAUCACCCUCUGA